AUGCUUUCCAAGUCUUUGACCGUUCUUUUCCUGUCGUCCCUGGCUGCCUCCGCCGCAGUUGAGGUUGAGGAGAGACAGUAUGGCAGCUCUGGCAGUGGAGAUGACUACUAUAACAGCCUGAUGAGCGAGCUCAACAGCCUGGCUACCAACACCGACUAUAUGGACUAUCUCACUGCCUACACCAACAUCCCCACCGAUUACAGUGCCUACUUGCCCGCCGCCACCGGCUCUGGCUCUAACUCUGGUUCUGGUUCCAACGGAGGUUCCAACGGCGGAUCCAACAACGUUCCUACUGUGACCGCCGCUCCCAGUAUCUCCAUUCCCUCCGGCCUCGGAUUCGACAUGCCUCCUCCUUCCAUCGAGUCUGUGCUCGCCACCGCCAUCCCACCUUCCUACCUGUCCCAGCUGGCCAACCCCACGGCUGCCUCAUCCAUCGUUAGCGAGAUCCAGCACGGCCACUACCCUUCGUGGUACCAGCAGCUGCCCGGCAGCGUCAAGGCCUGGCUCACCAGCCAUUAUGCUACCGCCAACCCUGCUGUCGCGACUGGUGCGUCCUCUGGCUCAUCCGGCAGCUCUGGCUCAUCUGGCAGCUCUGGAUCUGGCGGUGCUCCCCACGGUAACGGUGCUGGUGCUUCUACCGGUGUCCUGGCGACCGGCUUCAUGGGUGCUGCUGGAAUCCUGGCCGUUGCGCUGAUGCUGUAA